GUGGGGGCGGAUUAGGGGGAGAAGACGAAGAAGAAGAAGAAGAAGGAAAAGGGAACCACAAUCGGAGCGCAGACCUCAGACCAGCUCGUCUCAUCUCACCAACGCGGCGGCCCACUCACAGAACUGACCGCAGAUCAGCGCUUCCUCCAAUACCACGACUUUACACGAGCCGGGAGUGAGAGGAAGCGGUGUUUGUCCGCAGCCGAAGACGCUUCCAGCAGCAGCGGCAGAGCACGGCGAGGGAACGGACGGACGAAAACAGGAGAAGCCACUGGAAACAGAGACAGAGGGAGGCUGGUAGGAACGAGAGAGAGAGAGAGGACAGCUUUUACGCAGACUCUACGGUUAACCUUAACAAAGAGAGAGCGGCUGCCGAAAAGCGGAGAAAAGGAGUGUUAACGCGAAUUAACGCGAAGCCAAUUAUUUCCAACAUUUUCUAUUAUUGGCUGCGGGAGGAGUGCUUCUCCCGGAGCCACAUUUAUAGGCAGAGCUAGCGGAAUGUAAUGCUAACGAGGCAGCUAGUGUUAGCAGGCUAAUUAGCUCGUUAGGCAUCCAGGAGUCGGACAGUGAUCUUUAUUUUUUAUAUAGGUCACCGUUCAGCGUGGCUUCACUUUUAGGGGAAAACACCGAGGUCGGUGUGUUGAGUGUAGGAACCUUACGCGGUCACAAUGAUGUGCCUGGAAUAGCUAAGGCUAAGUUAGACAACAAAACUGUAUUAAUGUAAAUCUAUUCAAUAUUUUCUACGUCUUCGCGUAAAGCCACAUCCAUUGUUAAUAAAGCGCCGUGGACAAACAGAAGGGGGAGAAAGAAAAAAACAAAACAACAACUAUAUCCAAGAGACUUUUGACUGGAGACUGGUCUGCCGUCCAAUGUUAAUGUCGACCGACGUCGCAUCUAUAAUGUUACCCGUUAGUCGGGGAAUAAUGGACCGGGAAAGAGACAUUGACACAGCGGCCGGACCCCUCGCGAACGCGCCCGGGGGUCCAGCAGCUGUCCGCGGGAUGAAGCGCGGAGACCCAGAGCCUGACGCUCAGACAGCCGCUGCCUUGACUGAUUUACCCGGGGCGGAGUGCAAGAGACCCAGGAUAGACGGCACCGGGACUGUUGUUGGUGACAUUGGGCAGAACAACGAGCCUUUAAACCCUGGUUUCCAUGGAUACGCACCUCACAGUCAGGGCUCCCAGGAUUCGACAGGAGGACAGGAGGGUCUGGUGGCUCCACCCUUCACAGCAUUCCCGCCUCCUCCCCCGCCCCAGAACGGCCUCCCAGGGACGGAGUUUGGCCCCGGGGCCAUGUUCAGUGCCGGGGGCCAAGGUGGAGCAGAGGUAGGGGCCGGAGGGGCUAAUGCAGGCACCGCCUCCGCCACCGCCAACGGCAGCAGCAACGGGAAACCGGACGAGACGUCCCAAGGAGAGGCGGGUGUGCAGUGCAGCGCGGGAGGCGCGGGAGCGGGAGGAUCUGCCGGAGAUUCCUCAGAGGCCAAAGGAACUCCGAAACGACUCCACGUCUCAAACAUUCCCUUCCGCUUCCGGGACCCAGAUCUCAGGCAGAUGUUCGGGCAAUUUGGGAAGAUUCUGGAUGUAGAGAUUAUUUUUAAUGAGAGGGGUUCAAAGGGAUUCGGCUUUGUGACGUUUGAGAACAGCGCCGAUGCAGAAAAAGCCAGAGAAAAACUCCACGGCACGUUGGUGGAAGGUCGUAAGAUAGAGGUGAAUAACGCCACUGCCAGGGUCAUGACUAACAAGAAAAUCGUCAGCCCUUAUCCUAACGGAGAGGCUCUCAGCGCGCUGCCUUAUGCAGGUUGGAAACUGAGUCCCAUGGUGGGGGCUGUGUACGGACCAGAGCUGUACGCAGUGCCAGGGUUUCCCUACCCGUCAGCAGCGGCCGCGGCCACGACGGCGGCAGCGGCGUUCCGCGGCGCUCACCUCCGUGGCAGAGGUCGGCCCGUGUACAGCGCCGUACGUGCUGCGGUGCCUCAGCCUGCCAUCCCUGCCUACCCCGGACUAGUGUUUCAGGACUCAGUCCUUAGUCCCAGAUUGCCUCAGGGAGGCUACCCUGCUGCUGCUGCCGCCGCCGCCGCCGCCUACCGCUACGCUCAGCCCGCAGCUGUAACUGGAGCGACAGCUGCAGCCGCUGCCUACAGUGACAGUUACGGCCGGGUUUACACCACAGAUCCAUACCACGCUUUAACUCCUGCUGCUGCUGCUUAUGGAGUCGGAGCCAUGGCCAGUUUAUACCGGGCAGGAUACAGUCGAUUCGCUCCGUACUAAAACAACACAUCGGU